UAAACAUAUAUUUAUAAACAUUACAUGCUUGUGAAUAACUUAAAUACGACCAUGUUUUUAUAAAUAUCAAACUUCCAGAAAGGAGCACUUGAUAAAGUUAUCCCACAACAUUCCGGUAGGAUCCUCGGAACGUGAUCCUGUUUGAACCACACCUAAAUAAGAUAUAUAACAGAGAGAGACAGAGAGAGAAAUCUAGACGGAUGUCGAGCUCACAGUGUUACCUGUGUGGUGACGGGGUUGGGCACAAGGCUGGGAGGGUGGAGGUGAGAGCCUUCCAGUUGUCACGUGACCAGCAGAAGGGCCUUAAGGCAAAGUGGAACGACAAUGGCGAGGGAGUUUUUCACCGAGACUGCUGGGCAAAACUGAGCGACGGGGCGUACGGAAGGAGUGCUGACCUUGAACUUUCUGAGCUCGAGAUCAAAUUAGUGAAAGAGGCGCGCAAGACUGCUGAAUAUCACGAUUCCGACGACUACAUAACUGCGGAAGCAAAACGGAUUGCGCAAAUGAUUCGAAAUGCAGAUUACCCAGUAUUUUUCACAGGGGCCGGGAUCUCCACCGCGGCGGGUAUUGGGGACUUCCGAGGAAAAGACGGCAAGUGGACGGAGCGCGACAAGCUCAAAGAACACGGUACAAAGGGGGCAAAGAAAGCCUACAAGAAGACUCCCCUGAGAGACCUGCGUCCCACGUAUACGCACGAAGCCAUCAGAAAGUUGGUGGACAUGGGAAUAUUCAAGUUCGUUAUCAGUCAAAAUACAGACGGCAUUCACCGACUGUCUUGCAUUCCGGCAUCCAAGAUGGCCGAGCUCCAUGGAAACGCCUACGUUCAGAAGUGUGAGAAGUGUGGCACGCGCUAUGACGUGGGGAGAAGCCACCGGGACGCCGCCUCUCAGGCGCACAACGUCCCGCCGAAAAAAUGUGAAAGGUGCGGCAUCAGCCAUAGAACAGGAAGGAUGUGCGAGAAAAAGGAUUGUGGAGGGUACCUGAUGAACACUAUUAUUAACUUCGGUGACUACCUUGAGGAGCAAGUACUCGAUGCAGCGCAGGAGCAUGCGCGGAAGGGAGACAUUUUUAUGUGUCUGGGUUCCACGUUAAUGGUCAGCCCAGCGAACAGCCUCGUUAUGAGCGGAAAAUCCCCACACAGACUCGUUAUCUGUAACAGGCAAGCGACAGAGUACGAUACCGAAUGCGAGCGCGUGGACGAGCAAGGUGUACGGAUCGGGAGCCGUAUCCAUGGCGACUGUGACAAGCUGAUGAAGGCCCUGAUGGUAGAGUUGCUGGGCGACGAAGCCGUUCGCGACUGGGAGGACGGACGGGAGGCGCGUCUGCUGGAGUACGACGAGAUGCGGCGAUAGUUUUGGACAACUCGGAGGACCAUAAAUCUACAGUAUAUAGACAGACGGACAGACGAAUUGUUUAUUUCGACCUGAACAAUGUACACCUUCAUCAACACAAAUGUUUACUUAUAUAUUUUUCCGAGUAAUCGAGUACCCGAGUACUCGAUCGAACGAUCGUCCGAGUACUCGAGUAUUAAUUUUCUACUCGUUGUCAUCCCUUGUUUAUAAUGAUCAAUGUCAACGUGUUGGCAUUUUAACAAACAAUGUAGCAUAAACGAGUAUAUAUACAAGUGAAAUAAAAACUGCGAGCAUCAGGGAGCCUACAAAUACAAGUUAAAAGUAAACUUCACAAACGACUUCAUUGUCAACUGUAAUUGUCACUACACGUACAAGAUACAGGUACACGUACGCGUACACUCAAGUGUUAGGCUGAUUCGCAUUUACUUGCGCCAACUAUUUAUCAGUAAUGCUUUGCAAUGAAUCCAACCGACACAACAUAGCGCACGCAAUUUUCAUGAUAUUUAUUCUUUAACGUAUUUUCGCUUUUGUUAACGCUUGUUUUUUCUACAAAAUAAAGCAAAAACAUCGACAA